GGACCUCCUCGGAACCCCCCCGCCGAGCCACGCACCCCAGCCAGUUCCCCGCUCAGCGAGCCCCAGCCCAGCGAUGGAGCGCCAGCCCCAAGACAGCAUGCCCCAGGACCUGUCAGAAGCCUUGAAGGAGGCCACCAAGGAGGUGCACGUACAGGCUGAGAAUGCCGAGUUUAUGAGGAACUUUCAGAAGGGCCAGGUGACCCGAGAGGGCUUUAAGCUGGUGAUGGCCUCCCUGUACCACAUCUACACGGCUCUGGAGGAGGAGAUUGAGCGGAACAAGGCAAGCCCUGUCUUCGCCCCCCUCUACUUUCCGGAGGAGCUGCACCGCAAGGCUGCCCUGGAGCAGGACAUGGCUUUCUGGUAUGGGCCCAGCUGGCAGAAGACCAUCCCUUACACGCCGGCCACCCAGCACUAUGUGAAGCGACUCCACGAGGUGGGAGUCUCGGAGCCUGAGCUGCUGGUGGCCCACGCCUACACACGCUACCUGGGUGACCUGUCUGGGGGCCAGGUCCUCAAGAAGAUUGCACAGAAGGCCCUGGACCUACCCACCUCUGGUGAAGGCCUGGCUUUCUUCACCUUCCCCAACAUUGAGAGCGCCACCAAGUUCAAGCAGCUCUACCGUGCCCGCAUGAACACGCUGGAGAUGACCCCCAAGACCAAGCAGAGGGUGAUUGAAGAGGCCAAGACUGCAUUCCUGCUCAAUAUCCAGCUGUUUGAGGAGUUGCAGGGACUGCUGCCCCAGGAGUCAAAGGACCAGAGCUCCUCUCAAGCUCCUGGGCUCCACCAGCGAGCCAGCCGCAAGGUGCAAGACUCUACCUCUGCAGAGGCUUCUAGAGGGAACGCCCAGCUCAGCAGACUCUCCCAGACGCCACUCCUCCGAUGGGUCCUCACCUUCAGCUUUCUGGUGGCAACAGUGGCUGUGGGACUUUAUGCCAUAUGAAUACCAGAGUACCAGUCCUCGGGGGCCAUGAACUGUCCAGUGAAGGACCCUCUCCUUGGAGUGAUGCAGAAUCGCUUGCCUGAUUUUUCAAUUUGGGGCACUGGAAGCUUUCAGAGCUUCUAUCUAACCUCCUCAUAGCCCUCUGAAAUGGAGGGAGGUGCUUGUGGCAUGUCCUCCUGGGCCCCCCCCCCCCCCCCCGCAAAAGCACAUCCAGCCAGUGGCCUGGACAUCCAAACCCAGCGGCCUAGGUUCCUGCAACAGAGCCCAGAAGACGUGGCCUGGCUGAAAGUAGCAGCUCUUCUGAGCCUUCCUAUGUCCCUGGUCCCUGUAUCUACCUUGGCACGACCAUGACCGCUUUCUCAAGGGUCAUGGAAGGCAUUUUUUUCUAUGUGCAGAGAUGUUGUGUCUUAUGUCUUUUGUUAGAUCCAUUCUUUGUUCUUGGUUCCACUUGAACAGUGUGGUGAUGUCUUAUGUUCUGUUGUUUUUAUAACAAGGUGGGGCUAUCUUUUUUGGAGAGGGUGGGGGGAGGGAGGGAGAUGUUUUAACAAGAGUGUGGCUUUAGUUUCCAUGUGGAUGUGAAAUAAUAAAGGGCAUUGUCUGAAAGUG